AUGUGCACUGUGAACAGUGAGGUUUCGCUUGUUCGGAGACCCAUGUUUCAUAUGUCCAAGGUGGUUGCAGAUGAAUGCAACCUCAGAUACGCUGAAGAAGACGUUCCUGCUGAUGUGACAGUCGUCCCUCUGAGGUGUGAGGAGCUCUCCGCCUGUGCCCAACUACCUUUUACAAUGGUGCAAUGUUGUGUAUACGAGACCGUGACAUCAUUGUUUCGGGCCAUCUCUAAAAGACAGGACACGGACUUUAUCUUCAAGGCCAUCGGCAUUCUUUCCAUACGAAACAGGGAAGUUACUAUGAGAUUUUUUGAUGACUUUCUCCUCAAUGUGGAUGGCUCUGAAAAGGUGCUGGAAGCCCUUCUCAGUACCCCAGAGAGUAGACAUCUGGUGGCAUCAAGCAGAGAAAGUCAUGAUUUUCGCGUGGGUCCUGGUGGUGUCUUUGUGUUGCCACAGUUUGAUUUUAUGCUUCCCCCUAAGAAAGAAGCCCUGGUUCCCUCUGUAGAACCUCUGAAUGAUGCAGAAGACAGGGAGGUGGAGGAGGAAGAGAAGGAGGAGAAGGAGGAAGAAGAGGAUGAUAAGCAAAUUGAGCCUGAUGUUUCAGAGAAUCCUUCUACUGAACGUCUCCUCUCUCGAGGAAGGCAUUCCCGGUCUCCGUCCGCAGUAUCUGGCCUGAAGAAAGGAAAGAGGCAGAAAGGCAAAGGAAAAAGGUCACCUGGCAGCUUUCUGCCAAGAAUUCAGGAGAGUUUCUUGGUGGCAGAAAAGGAUGUCAAGCACAAGCAAACUCCCCAUGUCAGACCUCAAACCACACUUCCCGAUUUGAGAAGCAAAAUGAGGACCUCCCGGCCUCACCAGGAAACCAGUCUGCAGGCUGGGUGGUCUCAUGAAACACUGACUGAGAUUUGGCCACCCUCACCGCUGCCACCGACUGGGAAAGAGGAGAGUACUGCUCCCUUCCUGCACAAAGCCAUGGUGAAGAGGAAGCUGGAAGGUCUGCAGGGGCUACCCAAACUCCAUGUGCCCACCAACCUCAGCCUGGGAAACUUGAGCAGCAGCAGCUGUCGGAGAUGUGAAGAAUUCCAACUCCUGAGCUCUGGCGCUGGCCAGCUUUCCAUGAGAGCAAACUACAUCCUGCAACUCUUGGAGACUUAUCAUAUGCGUCGGGAAGAGUGGAGCAGGAGAGUAGAGCUGAAUCUGCAGAGGAAUUACGAAAAGGAUCGUUUAUUCUGGUAAAACUGUCCAGCUGUGGGUGGUGUCUCCCCAUACCCUGCAGUCCCCUUCCCUCCACAACCAGGAGCACCCAGGUGAAGGGUGUCUCUCACUGGGAUCCCUCAUGGGAAGGCAGCAGGCUUGGGAGGUUGGCACCUGGGAUGAGGCACCCUGCCAUCCAAGGGCCAGCUGUUGAGCACUCCAGUGGGAUUUCUAGGUGGGACCAGAAAAUUGCAGGUGGCCAAAGAGGCACCCGUCUAGUUUUCUAACUAGACACCAAGAUGCCUUGCCCUGUGGGUCGAUGCCGGUUUGAUCCAAAGUCUCAUCCAUUGCCUGACCCAUCCCCAAGCUGACUGCCUGCACGUGGGACCUUGUCGUUGCCUUGGACGUAAGGUCCUGUGUCCCGUCAUAGAAAGUAUGGAAAUGCCAGAAGAAGCAGAUCCCAUAAUA